ACGCGUGUACACAGAGAAACGGAUCCCGUCGGAGGCCGGGUUCUCGCAGCGGUCGCCCACUGCGCGGACUCGCGGGCUGGGCGCUGGCGAGCCGCGUCGCCGCGGAGCUGGUCCCGGGUGGACGGCGGCCGCGGGCGCCAUGAGUCAGAGGCAGGUGUUGCAAGUGUUCGAGCAGUACCAGAAAGCCCGGACCCAGUUCGUGCAGAUGGUGGCGGAGCUGGCGACCAGACCCCAAAACAUCGAGACUCUGCAGAACGCGGGUGUAAUGUCUUUGCUGAGACCUCUUCUUCUGGAUGUGGUUCCAACAAUUCAACAGACUGCUGCUUUGGCUCUUGGGAGACUGGCCAAUUAUAAUGAUGACUUAGCAGAAGCAGUUGUGAAGGGUGACAUUCUUCCACAGCUUGUUUAUUCAUUGGCAGAACAGAAUCGCUUCUACAAGAAAGCAGCCGCCUUCGUAUUGCGGGCAGUGGGUAAACACUCUCCUCAGCUGGCUCAGGCCAUCGUGGACUGCGGAGCGCUAGAUACACUGGUGAUAUGUCUGGAAGAUUUUGACCCUGGAGUCAAAGAGGCUGCAGCCUGGGCACUUGGAUAUAUUGCAAGACAUAAUGCAGAACUGUCACAAGCUGUGGUGGAUGCAGGAGCUGUUCCUCUUUUAGUACUCUGUAUCCAGGAGCCAGAAAUUGCUUUGAAAAGGAUUGCUGCUUCAACCCUCAGUGAUAUUUCAAAGCAUUCUCCAGAGUUAGCACAGACAGUAGUGGACGCAGGAGCGAUUGCUCACUUAGCCCAGAUGAUCCUCAGCCCUGAUGCUAAGUUGAAGCGUCAGAUCCUUUCAGCUCUUAGCCAGAUUGCAAAACAUUCUGUGGAUCUGGCAGAAAUGGUUGUUGAAGCAGAGAUUUUUCCAGUUGUACUUACCUGUCUGAAGGACAAAGAUGAUUACGUGAAGAAAAAUGCUUCUACUUUAAUCAGAGAGAUUGCAAAACAUACACCAGAGCUUGCUCAGCUGAUAGUUAACGCGGGAGGAGUAGCUGCUGUGAUUGAUUGUGUCGGGUCCUGCAAAGGGAAUAUAAGGCUGCCUGGCAUCAUGAUGCUGGGCUAUGUGGCGGCUCAUUCUGAAAAUCUAGCAAUGGCAGUCAUCAUUUCCAAGGGUGUACCGCAGUUGUCAAUCUGCCUGUCAGAAGAACCAGAAGAUCAUAUUAAGGCUGCUGCUGCUUGGGCCUUAGGACAGAUUGGGAGACACACUCCUGAACAUGCACGGGCUGUCGCUGUCACAAAUACUUUGCCAGUUCUUCUUUCUUUGUACAUGUCACCUGAGAGUUCUGAGGAUCUACAAGUGAAAAGCAAAAAAGCCAUUAAAAGUAUCUUACAAAAAUGCACCUACCUACCAGCGCUUGAACCAUUUCUGUAUGAUGCUCCUCCCAAUAUUCUGAAGCAUGUGGUUGGACAGUUCAGUAAGGUGCUACCGCAUGAUAGCAAAGCUCGACGACUUUUUGUAACAAGUGGUGGACUUAAAAAGGUUCAAGAGAUAAAAGCAGAACCUGGUUCUCUCCUUCAAGAAUAUAUCAACAGUAUUAAUAAUUGUUACCCAGAGGAAAUUGUAAGGUACUAUUCCCCUGGAUAUUCAGAUACACUUCUGCAGAGGGUGGACAGCUAUCAGCCAAUUAUCAACUAAAAGUUAUAUAUUUAUACUCAAAUUCACAGCAGAGAAUUUACAAUUACUUUUGCAAUUGUUAAAGUUCUUUAUAAAUAUUUGAACUAAGUACAUUCUGGAUAUUUUCUAAAUUUGUGAAAUACUUAAAUAUGAGGAAAUAUUCAUAUUCAUUUGCAUGCGUAGGAUUUGAAUUUGCUCUAAAGGUAGAUUUAAAAAGACAAACGGGUUUAAGGCAUCUAUUAUUUUUCUGCUAAAAAGCACUCAUGCAUACACACUCAUGCAUUACAUAGAGGUAAUCCUUAGUUAUUUUGGUCAGUUCUUUAUAGGGAAAGAAAACUGACAUUGCAGAUUACACAGUAGGAUACAGAAGGAAAAUAGUUAAAAAGAAACUGAUGACAGAAAUACCGGACUCCAAAGCUGACUGCAUAAAUGCAUUAAACUAAUACAGAAUCUAGGGAUGACUUGUCAGAUUUUCCUAAGAAUUGGAGAAGGCCCUCCUCUUAAUCACAAAUUUUGGAAGUUCUUUUUACCUUACCUAAAGUGUUCUUUAUCCUACAUGGAGCUGGCUUUGUUCAUGAAUAAACACAGAAGCAGGCAUGGAAGAUGGGCCAUAGUGUUCCCUUGUUCUGGGUUGUUCACUUUCCCAAAUUUCAAAGCUACGUUUUUUAGGGAUUAAGGGAAUAAUUAACAGGCUCACACUUUACAUACAUUUUCACUUAGGAAACUGUAAAGGGGUCAAAGAGUAUUUUAAUAAAAUUUUAAAUAAAACAAUAUUAGAAUUAUUCUUUUUGUUUUUUCUAGUAUUUUUCUGACUUUGGGGAAUCUGACUGGAUUUGGGAGUCUUGUCUUGUGCCUGUCUUUAGAUCUAAAAGUAUGUUGUUUAUGGUCAUCUUUCUGGGAGGCUUCCAGAGAAAGUGAAUGACACCCUGGAGAGCCUCCAGUACACAAUGGGUCCUGUCUGGUUUUGUUUACAGGUUUCUGUUUUAGAUUCUUCACCCUGGCCCUCCCCAAAAAGGAACCUAACCAUUUAUUUUUGGCAUUUUUCUGGACUCAUCAUUAUUCCAAAUAGUGCAUAGUUUGUUGUGUCUUUUAAAAUUCAACAAGCCCAAGAUUGUCCCAUGUAUUUUUCCCUUAUACCAGGCUAGGAUUGCUAGCGAUUUCAUUUUGGUUUGUUUUGGUACUGGGAUUGAACCCAUGGCCUUGCACAUGUUAAAUAGGUGCUCUCCCGUUGAGCUACACCUCCCUUCCCUGGACUCAUUGUUAAAUACUUUCUGGGACCUGUUUUUUUCUUGCAGCAAUAUCUUUCACUCCUUGUGUCAGAAAGUGUAACUUUUAUUUCCAGUUUUGUAACUUACUUUCUUUCCUCCUGUCCAUUUUGUCUUAUGAGCCUUCUAAUAACUUGAGAAAAUAAAAGUAGUUUUUAUCUUUUUCCUUUAAAACUAUUUUUCAUAAGGUGACUAUGUUGGUAAUGAUGGAAACUAGUUUAUCUAGGUUAAAAAUCCUCAUAUUAUUGGAAUGGUGAAAGUCCUAAGAUGUUUCCUGCCAUUGUACUUUGUACUUGAUAUGAAAAACAUCAUGCAUUUUUUCAUACAUAUCUAAUAGAACUAACCUAAGA